AUGAUCCAGGCCCAUGUGGAGCGACUUGCUCUAAGAGAAACGGAAGUUCAUCAACUCCAAGAGGAACUAAACCUCAAAAACAACCUGCUGAAAAGAGCCCAGAUUAGAGAGCAGGACACAAAACAGGCCCAUGAAGACUGUAUUGACCUCCUGCCUCAGAAAGAAUCCAGGUUGAGCCGAAUCAAAGAGGAGCUGAGGCUCAAAGAUGAGCUAGUGCAAAAGGCUGCUGAAAAAGAGCAGGAGACGAAUAAGGCCUUCGAAGACCAACUGGCCCACAAAAACUCGGAAGUCUGCAGGCUGAAAGAUGAACUAAAGGCUAUGGGAGAGGUCCAGGAUAGGGCUGUCAAAAAAAGACAAGAGCGCACCAGAGCUCACAUAGCCACCCUAGACCUUCUCACCAAAAAAGACCUGGAGCUUCAGAGGAACGAGGAGAACUGGAGGAGGAAAUAUGAUGAACUGCAGAAGUGUCUCCAAGACCAGACUGACAACCUGCAGGUACUUCAGAGCUCAGAUAUAUUACAAUAUCAAAAUAAUCACUUCUUUGAUUCUCUAGAGAAUAUCUUAAGGUUUCUGCUGAAUCAACUAACACACCGUUUCUCUCUCAGCUCCUCCAAAAAUCAGCACAGGAGGAGUAG